AGGAAGGCAGCCCUGCCAGCAGGAGGGUCCUCAGUCACCUUCACCUUCCUGUGUGCUGCUCUGGGGUUCCUGGCUGACCCCAGGGGAACAAGAACCCCUACACUGUGGUUCCCCUGGGCUCCUCAGCCCUGAAAGUGAACACCCACAAGGCGUCCAUGGCCCCAGGAAGCCUGGCUCUGCGUUCAAACCACCCAUGUGCCUCCUCCCAGCCUCAGUUUACCCCCGGGGGUGGGUCCCCAAGUCUAGGCCAGUCUGCCUGCGGGGAGGUGCCCCAUGCACCUGCAGACCCCACCCACCUGCAACCGCAAGGCCUGUGCCGGCCUGUCCCACCUGGUCCAGGGCGGAAAGGGUGCGGGUCCCCCGGGGAAGGGGGGUGAGGGCGGGGCCUGACGGACAGGGAGCUUAUAAGUGGGGCUCCGGGCUGGAGGCUCGCUGUCACCUCUGCCCCCAGCUGGGACAGGCGGCCUGCAGGAGCCCCCGGGGUUCAGAGGCUGACAGCGGGUGGAGCCACUCAGCCCAGCGCUGUCCGACCGUCCGGCUGUCGUCUGUCCGGCCAGAGCACCCUCUCCAUCCAUGGGUGGCGGAGACCCGGGGGCGUCGUUCGGGGGCUGGGACUACACGGUGUUCGCAGCCAUGCUGCUGGCGUCCACGGGCAUCGGGCUGGGGGUGGCCCUGGUGCGGGGCGGGCAGCACAGCGCCGACGACUUCUUCACCGGGGGCCGGCGGCUGGGCGCGCUGCCCGUGGGGCUGUCGCUGGCCGCCAGCUUCAUGUCGGCAGUGCAGGUGCUGGGGGUCCCGGCCGAGGCCUACCGCUACGGCCUCAAGUUCCUGUGGAUGUGCCUGGGCCAGCUGCUCUGCUCGCUGCUCACGGCCGCCUGCUUCCUGCCCGUCUUCUACCGCCUGGGGCUCACCAGCACCUACCAGUACCUGGAGCUGCGCUUCAGCCGUGCGGUGCGCCUCUGCGGGACCCUGCAGUACCUGGUGGCCACGGUGCUGUACACCGGCGUCGUCAUCUAUGCCCCGGCGCUCAUCCUCAACCAGGUGACCGGGCUGGACAUCUGGGCCUCCCUGCUGUCCACGGGCGCCAUCUGCACCUUCUACACGGCCGUGGGCGGCAUGAAGGCCGUGGUGUGGACCGACGUCUUCCAGGUGGCCGUCAUGCUGACCGGCUUCUGGGUCAUCCUGGCCCGAGCAGCCCUGCUGGCAGGGGGGCCCCGGCGGGCACUGACGCUCGCCCACAACCACUCGAGGAUCAACCUGCUCGACUUUGACCCGGACCCGCGGAGCCGCUACACCUUUUGGACCUUCGUGGUGGGCGGCACCCUGGUGUGGCUGUCCAUGUACGGGGUCAACCAGGCGCAGGUGCAGCGCUAUGUGGCCUGUCGCAGCGAGAGGCAGGCCAAGCUGGCCCUGCUGGUCAACCAGCUGGGGCUGCUGCUCAUCGUGUCGAGCGCGGCCUGCUGCGGCAUCGCCAUGUUCGCGCUCUAUGUGGACUGCGACCCCCUGCUCGCCGGCCGCAUCUCGGCCCCGGACCAGUACAUGCCCCUGCUGGUGCUGGACAUCUUUGAGGACUUUCCUGGGGUCCCCGGGCUGUUCCUGGCCUGCGCCUACAGCGGCACUCUCAGCACGGCGUCCACCAGCAUCAACGCCAUGGCCGCCGUGACGGUGGAGGACCUGAUCCGGCCCCGCCUGCCCCGCCUGGCGCCCCGGAAGCUGGUGCUGGUCGCCAAGGGGCUGUCGCUCAUCUAUGGUUCUGCGUGUCUCACUGUGGCAGCACUGUCCUCUCUGCUGGGGGGCGGGGUCCUGCAGGGCUCCUUCACUGUCAUGGGCGUCAUCAGCGGCCCGCUGUUGGGUGCCUUCAUCCUUGGGAUGUUCCUGCCGGCCUGCAACACUCCGGGGGUGCUCUCGGGCCUGGCGGCCGGCCUGGUGCUAUCACUCUGGGUGUCCGUGGGUGCCAGCCUGUACCCCCCCAGCGCGCAAAGCAUGGGGGUGCUGCCUGCCUCCAUCACCGGCUGCCUGGUGCCCAGUGCCAAUGCCUCGAAGCACCAGGGAGAGCUCCUCCUCCGGACCAACGUGACCAGUGGGCCCGAUGGCACCCCUGAGGGGCCCCCGGGCCGGCCGGCACUGGCCGACACCUUGUACGCCGUGUCGUACCUGUACUACGCGGCCCUGGGCACCGUGAGCACUGUGCUGGCCGGGGCCCUGGUCAGCUGCUUCACGGGCCCCACCAAGCGGGGCACCCUGGGCCCCGGGCUGCUCUGGUGGGACCUGGAUGCCCAGCCGCCCCCCGCGGCCCCCCGGGAGGAAGUGGCCAUGCUGGACGCAAGCCUGGACAAGAGGCUUCUGGGCCUGAGCCCGGGAACCAAGAAGCCCCGGGCCUUCUUGCCUGGCGGGGAGGACCAGUUGCUGGUCCCAGGCUGCAAGGAUCAGAACGGCGACCUUGACCGUGACCUUGACCCACACCGAGAGUCCAACCUCUGAGCCCCGCCCCUAAGCGGACGGCCAAUCGCGAGCAAGCGCCCCAGACCUGCAGGCUCUGGUUGGAUGGGACGCACGUAUAUGUAAAUGGGCUCCGCACGAGACUCCACCCCCAGAGGUCAUUGUAGCCAGUCCUUGCACCCCUGCCGGCUCCCACCCAUAGCCUAGGACGCCCCCAAAGCCCAACUUUAAAGUCCGUCCACGGGAAUGUCUGCACCCCACCCAGGAUGGGGAACCCCCUUUACCCCGUUUCUAGGGAAACUGACGCCCAGCGAGGGACCCAGGUCACUAAGCAACCAGGGGGACACCUCCACAGGGGGGUACCUGGCACAGCCCCCCUCCGCCUCCUCGCCCAUGUGUUCCCCCCAACGUCCACUUCCAGGGGGCUUGGACGGAGAAGCAGGCCUCCCCCACUUCACUAACCCCAUCUCAGCCCUGAGAAUGGGGGUGUCGGGGCUGCCCUGGCUCCCAGGUAGCGGGGUGCAGGCUGGGGGUUCUCUCUCUCUCCCAGGAGCCUGCCCGGCGGAGCUCUGCA